AUGUUUUCGCUUUGUAAGCAAAGUCACCCCGCUACAGGCGUUGAACAUGCGAUUUGCUGUAACUUUUUUAAUAAUGCUGAAAGAAAUUUGGUUACUGCUGGUGCGAAUAUAUUGAAAGUCUACAGAAUCAUUCCGGAUGUCGAGCCCAAUAAUAAAGAGAAAUUUACCGACCACAGACCACCUAAAAUGCGAUUGGAGUGCUUGUCUUCGUACAAACUAUACGGAAACGUCAUGUCCUUGCAGCAUGUUUCGCUGUCCGGCUCCCAACGGGACGCGAUUUUGAUUAGUUUCAGAGAAGCGAAGUUAUCAGUGGUCCAACACGAUCCCGACACGUUUGCUUUGAAAACGUUAUCCCUGCAUUAUUUCGAAGAAGAAGAUAUAAAGGGUGGCUGGACAGGACAUUACCAUAUUCCUAUGGUUCGUGUAGACCCCGAUAACCGCUGUGCUGUUAUGCUAGUAUACGGCAGAAAACUGGUGGUUUUACCUUUCAGAAAAGACAGCAGUUUGGACGAGAUAGAAAUCCAGGAUGUGAAGCCAAUCAAGAAGAUGCCCACGCAGCUGAUUGCAAGAACGCCGAUCCUGGCGUCGUAUAUUAUAACGUUGAAAGAGCUGGACGAAAAGAUUGACAACGUCAUCGACAUCCAAUUUCUACAUGGCUACUAUGAGCCUACGAUCUUGAUCUUGUACGAACCAGUGCGAACUUUCCCGGGACGUAUUGCUGUGAGGUCUGAUACUUGUACAAUGGUCGCACUCUCUCUCAACAUUCAACAGCGAGUACAUCCGGUAAUUUGGACAGUUGCAUCACUUCCUUUUGACUGUCUGCAAGCGCUUCCAGUUCAAAAACCAAUGGGUGGCUGUUUAAUUGCUUCUACAAAUGCACUUAUCUAUUUGAAUCAAAGUGUCCCGCCGUACGGUGUAAGUUUAAAUAGCACUGCAGAUCAUAGCACCGCCUUCCCGCUGAAGCCACAGGACGGCGUUAAAAUUAGUCUGGAUGCAGCGCAGAUUACGUUUAUUGAUAUAGACAAGCUAGUGCUGUCCUUAAAAACAGGCGAAUUAUAUGUCUUAACGUUGUGCGCUGACUCCAUGCGCAGCGUUCGCAGUUUUCACUUCCAUAAAGCAGCUGCAAGUGUUUUAGCAAGCUGUAUUUGUGUCUGCCAGGAGGAAUACAUGUUUUUGGGUUCCCGACUCGGAAAUUCUUUGUUAUUACGCUUUACUGAGGAAGAUGAGAGUGGUAUUAUCACAAUUGAAGAUGACACAGAGAAAGAGAAGGAGAAAGAAAAAGAAUUACCAAAGAAACGGUUGGAGGAAGAAGAGCUUCAAGUGUAUGGAUCGGGAGUCAAAACGUCGGUACAAUUAACGAAAUACAUUUUCGAAGUAUGUGACAGUAUUUUGAACAUUGGACCAAUCGGUUACAUGACAAUCGGCGAAAGGGCACCUGAAAUGGAACCUUUAGAUCAUGAUAUGGAAGAUAAGCACAAUUCGUUCAAGGCCGAUUUGGAAGUUGUUACAUCAAGCGGUCAUGGGAAAAAUGGUGCUUUAUGUGUACUAGCCAACUCGGUAAAACCGCAAACAAUCACAAGCUUCGAAUUAUCAGGUUGCUUGGAUGUCUGGACCGUUCUCGAUGAACCUGCGAAGAAACAAAACAAAACCGAAGAAUUACAUGAUUUCAUGAUAAUUAGUCAAAAAACAUCGACUUUGGUGCUGCGGACAGGAGAGGAGAUCAACGAAAUAGAAAAUACUGGGUUUAGUACAAGUUUACCGACAGUUUUUGUAGGGAAUUUAGGAAACAAUCGGUUCAUCUUCCAAGUAACUACACGCAGUAUUAGAUUAUUGCAAGGUACUCGACUUCUACAAAAUGUUCCUAUCGAUGUUGGUUCACCAAUAGCAAACGCAUCGGUGGCGGAUCCAUAUGUCUGUAUUCGUGUGGUGAAUGGACAAGUUAUAACACUAGCAUUGCGUGAGACAAAAGGGUCGCCUCGACUUGCUGUGAAUAAGAAUACUAUCAGUAGUAUUCCCACUGUCGUUGGAAUCAGCGUUUAUCGUGACGUGUCAGGAUUAUUCACCAGCAAGUAUGAAGAUUUUGCAUCGAGUUCGAACGACAGUUCGCUCUAUCAAGGAAUUGGUUUGGGAUACAUGAAGCCUGAACCCAACAUGAAAAUCGAAGAUGAAGAAGAUCUCCUCUAUGGUGAAAGUGGAAGUGCAUUCAAAAUGAAUUCGAUGGCAGAUAUGGCAUUACAAUCGAAAACCAAGAACUCUGAUUGGUGGAGACGGCUACUACAACAGCCAAAACCGACAUACUGGUUGUUUGUUUCGCGAGAGAAUGGCAAUUUGGAAAUUUACUCAAUGCCUGAUUUGAAAUUGAUGUAUUUGAUAAAUAAUAUUGGCAAUGGGAAUAUGAUACUUUCAGAUUCGAUGGAGUUCAUUCCAAUGUCAUUUGCACAAUCAAUGGAUAGCUCGAACAAGAAAGCUGAUUUGUCGAGUAUUUCUCAAGGAGGCGCGGGCAUGAGUAGAGAAACCGUUGCUGUUGAAGUGUUAAUGGUUGCUUUGGGAAAUCAAGGGUCGCGGCCAAUGCUGUUUAUUCGAACACCUAGUGAGCUACUCAUUUACAGGGUUUACAAAUAUUCGAAAGGCCAUUUGAAAAUUCGGUUUAGAAAAAUGUCACAUGAGAUAAUUUUACCUCCGUCUCAAGAAAAUGAGAGAACAGACGAAAAUCUGUUUGCCCUGAAAGAAGAGAAUCUUAGCAGAAUCAGAUAUUUUGGAAACAUUGCGGGUUAUAACGGUGUGACAAUAUGUGGCGCAAAUCCAUUCUUCAUAUUUUUAACUUCUCGCGGGGAGUUAAGAACACACAAGGUCUUUGGGAACAUUCAUUUGAAAAGUUUUUCUGCAUUUAACAACAUCAAUUGUCGAAAUGGCUUUUUAUUUUUGGAUAAUUCAAAUGAGCUUCGAAUAUCAAUUUUGCCUACAUAUUUAUCAUAUGAUUCGCAUUGGCCACUUCGAAAAGUGCCAUUACGAUGUACAUCACGACAGGUUGUUUACCACAAAGAAACACAUGUCUAUUGUAUGGUGAUAGAAAACGAUCAGAUUAGCAAUAAAUACUAUAGGUUCAAUGGGGAGGACAAAGAACUAACAGAAGAAAGUAAAGGUGAAAGGUUCAUAUAUCCUACCAUAGCGAAGUUCAGCAUAGUUUUGGUUUCUCCAAGCUUUUGGGAAAUAAUUCCAGACGCAAAUAUAGAACUCGAUGAUUGGGAACAUGUGACAGCAUUCAAGAACGUGAGCUUAGCAUAUGAAGGAACUCGGUCUGGUCUUAAAGAAUAUUUAUGUGUGGGGACAAAUUACAACUACAGCGAAGACAUAACCUCACGCGGACGAAUUCUCAUCUAUGAUAUAAUUGAAGUAGUACCUGAGCCUGGAAAGCCUUUAACAAAAUUCAAACUGAAAGAAGUGUACGUGAAAGAGCAAAAGGGGCCCGUUUCAGCGAUCACUCAUGUUUUGGGAUUUUUGGUAACAGCUGUGGGUCAGAAAAUUUAUAUAUGGCAGCUGAAAGAUGACGAUUUAAUUGGCGUAGCCUUUAUCGAUACAAACAUCUAUGUCCAUCAGAUGAUUUCGGUGAAAUCCAUAAUAUUGGUUGCAGAUGUUUAUAAGUCAGUGAGCAUUAUACGUUUUCAGGAGGAAUACCGAACUUUAUCAUUGGUGUCGAGGGAUUUCCAAGCACUUAAUGUCUACGAUAUUGAAUUCAUGGUGGAUAAUAUGAAUUUAGGUUUCCUAGUGUCGGACAGUGAAGAGAAUUUCAUUAUAUUUAUGUAUCAACCAGAGUCCAGAGAAUCAUUUGGAGGGCAAAAACUACUACGCAAAGCCGAUUAUCACUUGGGUCAAAAAGUUAACGCAAUGUUUCGAAUACAAUGCAAUCAAAGGCAGAAUAUGACAUCCCGAAAUAAUUUGAGCUACGACAAGAAGCACAUGGUGGUUUUUGCUACUUUGGAUGGUGGCCUAGGAUAUUGUCUGCCAUUGCCCGAAAAAACAUAUCGUCGUCUUCUCAUGUUGCAGAACGUGUUGUUGAUCCAUAGCGAGCAUUUAUGCGGUCUUAACCCAAAAUCGUUCAGGACUAUUAAAAGCAGCAAAAAACUACAAUCGAAUCCUGCAAGAUGUAUUGUUGAUGGUGAUCUUGUUUGGUCAUAUUUGGAUUUACCGUUCACUGAAAAACAAGAAGUCGCGAAAAAGAUCGGCACGAAAAUGGAAGAAAUCUAUGCAGAUUUAUUAGAAAUCGAGAAUGUUACACUUGCAUUUUAA